UGUUUAUACAACCAGUUUCGCCUCGUUGCACGCAACGCGCGUUUCUCGUUUUCGGUUAUCAUCUGAGUUUUCCUGUCUGUAUUCUGCCCUUCGACCGACCGACCCACCGACAAACCCUCCGACCGGCCACGGACUGACUGAUAAGAUUUGCGGACCGAUUUCCGACUUUGCUACCGGGCAGAAUGUCCAACGCAAGGAAUCGCCGACACAGAAGAGACCGCACGGACGCGCAGUACGCAGCGGCAAUGAUGAGGCGACAGCGUGUGCUGCGGGACCGCCUGAACCCCUUUGAGGAUUUCGACGAGGAUGGGCUGCAGCAACGGUUCCGAUUUGGAAGAGCGGGCAUAAUGUUUCUCGCCGACACACUGCGUCCGGACUUGGAGCGCCGUACACGUCGUAGCCGCGCCCUCUCUGCGGAGCAGCAAGUGAUCAUCGCCUUGCAGUUCUACGCAACUGGGAACUUUCUGAUCACUGCAGGCGACUACAUCCGCGUGCAUGUGUCAAGUGCUUCACGGGCUGUGAGGCAAGUCACCGUAGCGCUGGCUCGUCGAGCACAAGACUUCAUACGAUGGCCUGACGCUGCGGAGGGGGCAGCCUUGCAGCACAAGUUCUACGACAUGGCCGGCUUUCCUUUGGUCGUGGGUGCUGUUGACGGUACCCAUGUCCGGAUCCAGGCACCCCAUGUGCACGAGGAGGCGUACGUCAACCGCCAUGGAUACCAUUCCAUCAACGUACAGGUGGUCGUUGACGCCUCUUCUCGGAUUCGCAACGUGGUUGCAAGGUGGCCUGGAAGCACCCACGACUCUCGGAUCUUCACGGAGAGCACCUUGGCAGUCAAGCUGGCCAGUGGAGAGUACGACGGCCUGCUGCUUGGUGACAGCGGCUACUCCUGUCAACCUUGGCUGAUGACGCCAUUCCUGUCGCCGUCAUCAGCAGCCGAGGUCGCAUACAAUACGGCACACACGACGACAAGAAGCAUUGUUGAACGGACAAUCGGCCAACUCAAGCGGAGGUUCCAUUGCCUUCACGCUGAGCUCCGAAUGGCUCCAGAACGGUGCUGCGACAUCAUUGUCGCGUGCUGUGCCCUCCACAACCUGGCCAAGAGGUACCCCUGCAGGACACCCGUGGCCGCCAUCCCCGCUGAGGUUCCCGUUGAGCCCGUAGCAGCCAACCGUGCUGAGAGCAACGAGGCCCGAGACUUUAUUGUCAACCAUUUCUUCGGCUAAGUAUCCUGCUGUCGCUCGGCCCUUCUCUGGUACUGCUGUGCAGCCUCACGGGUCCAGCGCUGGUUGUGCUGCACAACAGGAGAGGCCAGUGUUCUCUGUGCUGCGUCGUCUUCAACUGUACUGCUGCCAGAUGACGAGGGUGGCGGCGUCGUCACCCUUCCCGUGCAGCUGCUGUAGUGACACGCAUGACCAGGAAAUUGUUUGAGGUUAAAGGGAUACUACAACAAAAUUUCGGGUUUCAUUUUUUGGUCUAUAUGUGUUCGAAGGAGCAGUAUCA